AGGGAGGCACUUUUGCCGGAUGCUUUGAAAUAGAAUCUCUGGUCCUCCAGGUGUGUGCGCUUCCCGGGAGCCAGGGAUGGAGGAGACCCGGUAGAUGCUGGUCCGGGCAACGCUGCCGCUGAUUCUCGGUUUGCUCAGAGACAGCCAAGAUCGCCCACCGACGGCUCUGGCCGCAGCGAGAAGGAGAGUCAGGCUUGCAAAUGCUGCAGGGGGGGAGAGCUCCGAAGAGGCGCCGGCGCGCUCUUGCUGGGGCCUCUCCAGCAUCAGGAGUUGGGUUUUCCUUCUCCCGGGGCCAUGGCUGGUGGGAGGCUUUCGUGCAGGCCCAGGGGGGCGAGAGGGAAUGGCGUCAGCAUUUCCGAAUGACCCAGGCUGCUUUUGCCCAACUCGUGGAGGCUUUGCAAGGGCGCCUGCAGCAGGCGGACGGGGUGCGGCGCCUUCCAGUGGAGAAGCGGGUGGCCCUGGCCCUUUUCUACCUGGCCAGCGGCUAUCCCUUCCGAGACCUCGCGGAGCGCUUUGGCGUGGAGCUGGCCACAGUGGAAGACGCGGUGGUGGAAGUUUGCUCAGCGAUCGAGGAGGAGCUGCUCAGCAAGGUUGUUUGCCUGGGUCCCAAUGUCAUGGAGAUAAUGUCGGGGUUCAGCAGCCUGGGAUUCCCGCACUGUAUUGGAGCUAUAGACGAGGCAUCGUUCCGUCUCCCUGUUUCGGAAAAUGUGCCUGAAAGCAGCGACUGGCUGCAGGACUACUCGUCCGUCGUGGUUCAGGGCACAGUGGACCACACGGGGAGAUUCAUAGAUGUGGAGCUUGCACUGGCUGGAAGGACCUACGGUUCCUUCUUGCUCCACACAUCUGCACUCUGCCACGGUAUGGAUGUUGGGGCAUUUGUUCCGGGGAACCCGACUCUCACUCUCGACGGUGUUGCAGUUCCGCCCCUGAUCGUUGGGGACUGGGCGUACCCUAUGAGACGGUGGCUCAUGACUCCUUACCGGCUGUGCAGGGGCCCAGUUGAAAGUUACUUCAACCACACCGCGGGCCUGGCGCAAUACGAGGCACGGUACGCUUUUGAGCGGCUGAAGUCCCGUUGGGGGUGCCUCACUGCGCCUUUCCAAGUUCAAAAGGGACAUGUGGAUCGGAUCGUCUUGGCGUGCAUAGUCCUCCACAACAUCUGCGAGGAGAAUGGGCGGGGCCCUCCACUCGCCCGACGCGCAGCUCCAAAAACGGUCGUGCUCAAGUGGAGAGAUCCCCCUGUCACGAGCCAUCUUCUAGAGGGACAGGAGGUGCGUGACGUGGUGGCCAGAUUCAUGCUGGCCAGCCGGCGCCACUGUUUGAGGGUGAUGGCGGGUGGCUAGUUGUCCUGUCCCCUUUUGUACGGCGACGGCGCUGUGUUCUGGAUGAGGGAACCUCGCGAAGCUGCUGUUCGGGUUUAUGCUGCUGGGAUGGCUGUAACCGUUUUGUUUUUGAACCUUUUCGUUGUUUGCUGAAGACCGGCUACUCUUAGCUGCUGGUUUGCGGUUUGGAUAUUCGCCAUGUUUUGUUGUCCUUUUUAAAAUUUUAAUAAACGUUGAAGUUUCAUGCCUCA